GCAGCCAUCAUGUCCUUCUCGCACUCGGACCUCGGCGAUGACUUUGUGGAUGCCUGGUCAGACAGCGAGCGUGGUCAUCCGAGCCCGGUAGCGCCGACGCAGCCUGCUCCUGCGGCGGCUUCGUCGGGGGCGUUUGCUGGAUGGCUCGACAAGUCGUCGGCUAGGCACAGCAACCCGCCUGUCUACAUCACGGACAUCCUCCGCAAGGCGUACCCCAACCACUCCCUCGUUCUCAGCUCAGACUACUCCCUAAACCUCACCCGUUACCCCCACGCAGUUUCCGUCCCCAUCCCCGACGACCCACUCAUCACCCAGCUUCAAUACGUGCCCCUCGCACGCAGCGCUGGCCCCGAGCCCGGCGUCCUCGUCGACAAGGUCGAGUACGGUGCCUUCCGGGUCGCCUGGGAUGCGUACGACUUCACCGUCUACGUGAUGAAUUACCCCUUUGGCUUCGGCGUACAGACCACGACCGCCAUCCUGCACGAGGGCUCUGACAAGCCCGCCCGUGACUUGCUGCGCGCGGCCGGGCUGUGGGCGUACGAGGUCCACGAGGAGAUCUGGGUGUUUGACGGGGGCUUCUGGAACAAGAAUGCCCGCCUGUACAGCGAGGUGCAGAAGGCGAACUGGAAGGAUGUGAUCCUCAAGGACGAGUUCAAGAAGAAGAUUAAGAAGGAUGUGUAUGGUUUCUUCGAUUCGGAGGCGCUCUACAAAGAGCUUGCUAUUCCAUGGAAGCGCGGCAUCGUCAUGCAUGGCCCGCCAGGUAACGGCAAGACUAUCAGCCUCAAGGCUAUCAUGAAGGAAUGCGGCGCCAAGGGCUUCCUGCCUCUCUACGUCCGCUCCUUCCGCAGCUACAAAGGCGAAGAGGGAGCCAUGGCUGACGUCUUCGGCAAAGCGCGCCAGCUCUCCCCUUGCGUGGUUAUCUUCGAGGACCUCGACAGCCUGAUCAACGACUCCAACCGCUCGUUCUUCCUCAACCAGCUCGAUGGCCUGGAGAGCAACGAUGGGAUGCUGAUCAUUGGGACGACAAACCAUCUGAGCAAGAUUGACUCGAGCUUGACGAAUCGGCCGUCGAGGUUUGAUAGGAAGUUCCUCUUCGACAAUCCCGACGCCGACGAGCGCGUACUGUACUGCCAGUACUGGCAGAACAAGCUCGAGAGCAACAAAUCUAUCGACUUCCCGGACAGUCUCGCCAAGGAGAUAUCUGAGCAGACGAACGACUUUAGCUUUGCUUACUUGAAGGAGGUCUUCGUAUCCUCUCUCGUCGUCCUCGCCGGCUGGGAAGACGGCGACCGUCCCACCUUCGAGCACGUCGUCAAGGACCAGAUUGCUGCCCUCCGCAAGGAGCUCGACAAGGCGCCGUCGUCGUCUUCGCGUGUCCACUCUGCUGGUGGCGCUACCUCAUCGCCCUCUACCACGACCCGUGGCGGCGAGUCGGGCGACAUCCGCGCCCUCUUCGACGCGCUCUGCGACUCCAUGUCCGCCCCUCGCGGGUUCCUCGACAAUCAAUUUGCGAACAUGAACAUGAAUGCUCAGCGCCAGGCUGGUGAUCUCAGGAAUGGCAGCGACAGUGGCACUCAGUCGAACCGCGACGUUCGCGCACUGCUGGACGCCCUGAGCGACUCCACCACCAACACCCAAUCUGACCGCGACGUCCGCGCGCUCCUGGAUGCCCUCAACGACUCCGUCCAGCGCCAGAACGCGAACGAGGUGCUGGGUGAGAGCGGACAGCGGCUGCGCGCGCUUUUCGAGGAGGCCGGCAGGAACGCGGAGCGCAUCUUCGUGUCCGGGGAUGUUGGGAAUGGGCCGACGAUGCCCGUCCCGCAGGUCGACUCGCCUGUCCCGCAGGUCAACCUGCCCGCGCCGAUGCACCCGUCGUACUCGCCGGCGUACAUCCACCCUGGUGAGGCGCCUGGGACACCUGCUAUCAUUCCCGGCGCUUGGGGCAGUCGGUCCUCGUCGUACGACAACAAUCUGGUCGACAAGAGGGAGGCUUAGUCUUCGCUGGGACUUUUGCCCAUGUAUCAUAAAUAUGUACCAUAUCUCGUCCCGUUGGAUUGAUCAUGCCUUGCUUUGUUUUUGCCCC